AUGGAUUUAGAUGCAGCUGUAGGAGACGAGGGGGAGGCCUUGCGGGUCUUAACUGAAGCUCUUGAUAUUCACCGUCAACAUCCGCAGCAGCAGCAGCAGCAGCAACAGCAGCAGCAGCAGCAGCAGCAGGAUGAGUCAAGGCAGAGCGAGGGAGAGCCCCGGCAGCUUGAUUACGAGCAGCAAAAGCAAGAACUGCGAGGCGAGCAGCAGCAGCUACAGCACCUGGAAUGGCAGCAGCAAUUGCAGCAGCACCAGCAACAACUGCAGCAACACCAGCAACAACUGCAGCAACACCAGCAGCAACUGCAGCAGCAGCAGCAGGAAUGUGCUGAUGAUGGCCUGGGCUCACUUGGUGAGCUAGAGCGGCGAUUGCGUUCGUUGGGUGUAUUUGCAGGGCAGCAGCUUCGUGCGGUGCAGCAGCAGCAACAGCAGCAACAACAACAGCAACAGCUGCGCCAGCAGAUGCAGCAAGAGGAGCUGCAGCAGAAACUGCAGCAGAAACUGCAGCAGCAGCUGCAGCAGCAGUUGCUGCUGCAGCAGCAGCAGGAAAGAGCUGCUACUGCUGCUGCCUCGACUCCACCUGGGUUUGAGGAGAUGUUCCAUGGAUACACCGCAAUGGGCAGGUCACCCCUGCAGCAGCAGCAGCAGCAGCAGCAGCAGCAGCAACAACAACAACAACAGCAGCUUCAGGGGGAGGCGAGGCUACUGCAGCUCAAGCAAAAGCAAUUACAGCAGCAACUGCUGCUGCUGCAGCAACAGCAGAAACAGCAGCAACAGCAGCAGCGGGUUUCUGCAGAGGGACGGCUCCACGAGCCGCAGCAGAAUUGGCUAAGGGAAGACACUGAUCUGCAGCAGCAGCUGUGCCAGCAUUACCUGCAGCAGCAGCUGCUGCAGCAACAGCAAGUGAGGCAGAAGCAUCAGCAGCAACGCCAGCUGCAGCAGCAACAGCAGCUCUUGGAAGCGCAGCAGCUGUCCCAGCAAACGCAGCAGCAGCAACAGCAGCAGCAGCAGUGCUCCUUCUUGCCGGCACUCCUGGACCUUCAAACUGCUGCUGCCGCCCAGCAGCAGCAGCAGCAGCGGCUGCAGCAAGGCCUUGCAGGUGAGGGUUGUGCGUUAAAUCCCGAUGCAGCUGAGUUCGUGCCCGCGCGUUUGCAGCAGCAGCUGCAGCUGCAACAAUGCCGCAGCGAGGGCGCAGCAACAGCAGUGACGACAGCAGCUGCAGCAACAGCAGCAGCAAGCAGCCCACCACAGCAGCUACUGACAAUUGAAGAUGCAGCUUGGGAAGAGGUGACUGUCCUACAGCCGCUGAGCAGCAGCAGCAGCAGCAGCAGCACCUGCAGCAACAGUGCUGCCCAGUAUGCGGGCUGCGCCUGUGGUUCGCUCUUUCGAUUGCAGCAGCAAGACGACGAACUCUGCAUCUCCAAGCUUGAAACAGUAGCUCCUCUAGAGGCCAGAUGGGUGCCGUUGAAAAUUAGAGGGGGCGCGGCGCCCUCCGUGCGCCGCGCCUUCUUUCUGGCUGCAUGCACAGGAGCAGCAACAACAGCAGCAACAGCAGCAACAGCAACAGCGAAACCAUCUGCAGCAUCGAGCAGCGAGGGCUUCACAGCCACCAGCGGAGACAGCAGCAGCAGCAGCAGCUGCGCAUUAGACACGAAUUGUUCAGGUGUCAGUGAGGCCCCUGGAGCGGAAAUUACAACAGCAGCACCAGCAAAAGAUGCAGCAGAAGGUGCAGCAGAAGAUGCAGCAAAGGAUGCAGCAAGUGCUGCUGCUGCUGAUGGCGGCGGCGUACCCGGUACCGCGGACGCAGCAGGAGCUGCUUCGCAGCUGGAGCAGCAGCAGAAGCAGCAGAAGCAGCACGGUGAGCAACAAGCGGAACGGCCAGCAGCAGAGCAGGAUGCCGAUGGUGCACUCGGCAGCAGCAGUAGUAGUGACAGCAGCAGCAGCAGCAGCAGCAGCAGCAGCAAACCCCAUGGAUGUCUCUUGGCGGUAUUUUCGGGACUUGACGCGAGGGGAGAGUUGAAAGACAAGGAGAUAUUCUUCUUCCAUGUUGGAUCAGGGAUAUGGGAGCGGCAGCAGCUGCAUUGGGGUGUUUCCCCACAGCAGCAGCAGCAGCAGCAGCAGCAGCGGGGAGGGGAGGACGAUUCGGAGGAGCCUGUGCUGCAGCAGCAGCUGGCGAGCCAGAUUUGGGUCGCAAACUCCUCAGGCUCUUUCUUUUGUUUCUGUUCGAUUCCGUCUGCAGACGGCACAGGCAAGGAGAAUCGCUUGCUGCAGAUACACCUGAAAUCCCUCGCUGUAGAAUUGCUGUACACCUCCGCAGCAGCUGGAGUCUCGACUUCGCAGCAGCAGCAGCAGCUCCCACAACAGCAGCAGCAGCAGCAGCAGCAGCAGCAGCAAGAGCCGAGGCUUAGGGAGGACGUCUGUUUGGCAGCAUCUACAGACGGAGAUUUGUUGUAUUUGUUUGGGGUUCGGGAGAAGAGUGAAAAGCAGCAGACAUCGCUAAAAGAAGAAGUUAUAUUAAAUGAUUUGUGGUGUUUUGAUAUCAAAGACAGACGCUGGAAAUGCCUCAAAAGCAGCGCCAGGUGUACAGACACCUCAAUUUGUAAGGGCACUUCACUGUUUUCUUUUCGUGACGUUUUACUUCUUUUCAACGCUCCUCCUGCUGCAGCUGUUUGCUGUAUGUCUCUUGUGGGGCGUCAGUGGGCGUCUGUCUCCCUUCCGAGUUCUCUCUCUGCUGCAGCAGCAACAGGAUCUGCUGCUGCUGCUGUUUGCACUAAUGCGCACAUGUAUAUCCUGUUAGAGCAGCAGCAGCAGCAGCAGCAACAUUCCACAGCAACGGCUGGCGCUGCUGGGGAACCACAACCGGACGAAGCUAACAGCAAUUCGGAAGCGCAGGUUGAGGGCGCAGCAGCAGCAGCAACAGCAGCAACAAAAGCAGCAACAACAGCAGCAGCAGGGGGUCGGAUGCUGCGGCUCUCUCUCGCUUCGCUAGAGGAGUCCGUUGCUAUAUGCGCCACAGCCUCUGCUGCAUCUUUCGCAGGUUCAGCAGCAGCAGCUGGUACUGCUGCUGCAGCAGCUGAAGCAGUUGCUGCCGCUGCUGCUGCUGUUGCGCUUGAAGAGGAGGUUGAAGACCCAGCAUCGGAGACAGCGCAGGAUCAGGAGCAGCAACAGCACCAGCAGCAGCAACAGCAGCAAUUGCUGCUGCAAAUGCUGCAGCAGCAAACACGGCAGCUUGGGCUGCAGCAGCUAUCUGCCAGUGUUGCUGCGACGGAUGCAUCGUUUGGUGGGGAGCUGCAGCAGCUGCAGCUGCAGCAGUUGCAGCAGCAAGUACAGCAGCUGCAGCGGGAGUUGGAGGAACUAAGAAAUGAAAGAGUUUUGCUGCGGCAGCAGCUGCAGCAGCGGGAGGGCAUUUUGUCUGCCUUGUCUAUAAAGGCUACUGCGGUGCUGCAGCAGCUGCGAGAGGAGCGCAGCGCCAGGGAAUUGCAGCAGCAGCAGCACGAGCAGCAGCAGCAGUUGCUGCUGCAGCAACUCCGGGCCAGAGACGCGCUGCUGCAGCAGCAGAAAGAGAAAGUGGAGACAUUCGCUGCUACAGCGCAGCAGGUGCGGCAGUGUUUGCUGCUGCUGCUGCGGCAAAAAGAAGUUCACAGCGCUCACGCAAGCAGCAACGAGGUGGACGGAAGAGCCAGAGCCUGCAGCGAGGAGCAGCAGCAGCAGCAGUUGCAGCAGCAGCAGCAACUGCAACAGCAGCUGCAGCAACAUUUGCAGCUGCAGCAGCAGCAGCAGCGCCAGCAACAACAGCAACCCUUAGACCUUCUGCACCAGCACACGACAGACCUUCAUCAGCAGCAGCAACAGCCUCAACAAAAACUGCAGCAGCAGCAGUUGAAGCAGCAACACCAUUUGUUGCAGCAACAGCAACUGCAGCAACAACAGCUGCAGCAACAACAGCUGCAGCAACAACAGCUGCAGCAACAACAGCUGCAGCAGCAACAGCUGCAGCAACAGCAGUUGCAGCAACAACAGUUGCAGCAACAACAGUUGCAGCAGCAACAGCUACAGCAACAACAGCUGCAGCAACAACAGCUGCAGCAGCAGCAGCUGCAGCAACAGCAGCUGCAGCAGCAGCAGCAGCAAGCAGAUCCUUCAUCCCAGACGCAAGCGAGAUCAAGUGUGUGGGCAGCCUUCCCUCCCGCCGCAGCGGCAGCAGCAGCAGCUGCUGCUGCUGCUGUUUCUAAUGCUGCUGCAGCUGCGCCUUCCUCAAGGCACCGCAGGAGGCCCCUUGGCAACGCAUCGCGGGGGGGUGUGCAGCAGCAGCAGCAGCUGCAACUACAGCAGCAGCAGCUACAACAACAACAACAACAACAACAACAACAACAGCAGCAGCAGCAGCAACUCCAGCAGCACCGGCGACAUCGCAACCAGCUGGCAUAG